AUUUUUCCUAUUCUGUCCAUCACGUGUCUCAUCAUGUGUCUACUUAUCGCAUCGUCUCGUAUCAUCAUACCUCACUCGUUGUUCUCAAUCACAGUUUCAUGGUCUCUAGUUAUCACGCCGUCUCUUACGAUAAUUUUCCUAGCGUGUCUCUGUCUUAGGUACUACAAUCAUAAAGUCGUUGUUCUCAACCACUGAGCGUGUCUCUGUCUUAGCUUAUAUACAAUCCACUCUCCAUCUCAAACGAUGUCGCACGCAUUUGUCAGAAACUUGACCUUUCAGUCAAACGACCUUGGCAAGGAUGUAUCGCUCAUGCUCACUUUCGAUAAAAACAUGGAAGGCAGCCUCUACCGGGAUGUCUUUCCCGUAGUUUGGAAGGUUAGCUCAUUCAGGAAGACGGGUCCUUACAAAGCGCACGCGACCUACACGAGCCAGCUCGCUUUUUCGAAACCGCAGCUCGUGGAUGGGAACAUCGUUGGUGCUGAAACCUGCGUCAAGAUCAAUGACGGCGAGAAAACCUCUUUGACCGAGUCCAACAAUGUCUUCCAUUUCUCACCCCCUCAGGCGGUAACCUCUGGUGUCGUGCAGGCGGUGAACAACACUGGGGAUACCCAGGACAUUGCAGUCGGCUUCAUGAACAAAGGAGACCUGAUACCUACUCCUGCACUCUUCUUCAGUGGAGUCAAAGAUGGCAGGGACGUCAUGGCUGAGUUCAUUCCGGUUCUACGAGCCUACAUCACCUCGGACUAUCCAGAAACCGCAGUCUUACCGGAACCCGUCGAUACCCCUGCGAUCUGGUCACAAAACCUCGCCGCCCUUAAAGAAAGCACGACCUGGACCCUCAAACGCGACGCCUCUGGACAUUACUCGAUCGUCCAGGCUUAAUGAAGGAAUGCGAAAUUGGUACCCUCAAAUAUCUGCUACUCUGUGAGGUCUGGAUCUCAAUGUUAUCCCUGUUUUCGUAGCAGUGUUCCAUAGGCUGACUCGAUUGCUUGUAUUUAUAAGGUCGCUCGUCUCUCAUGUAAUAGUUUGCAAUAGUUGUGCUGUUUUGAUGGGCUUCUAUCUAUAUAUUCAAGUUUGGAAUUCAAUAGACAAUGUUUAACGUUUUACGACGCCAG